AAGAUUGAAAUUAUGGUUCAACAUUUGAAACGCAAACGAAAUUUUACACUCUUUUUUUCUUUAACGCCACAUUCAACAUUCGAAACGCAAACUUGUCACCUUUAAAGAUUUUCUUACAGAACACAUCUUCUGAAGUUGCUCGUUUAUAUCACUGUCAGCUUCCCAAUGAUGGACCCUCCUGUUCCACCUUCGUCACAUACUCUACAACUCUGCACCAAUCUCCUGCAAAGUCCUCCCAAGUCCAACAACGGUCGUUUCACAGCUCAGCUGGUCCAUUGCCGCGUCAUCAAAUCAGGUCUCUUCUUCAGCGCCUACCUCAUCAACAAUCUUAUGAACGUCUACUCAAAAACCGGCAACGCUAUCCACGCACGCAAACUGUUCGACGAAAUGCCUCUGAGAACCGCUUUCUCGUGGAACACGGUUCUCUCCGCCUACGCCAAACGAGGAGACAUGAGCUCCGCACGAGAGUUCUUCGAUCAAAUGCCAAAGAAGGAUUCUGUCUCGUGGACCACGAUGAUCGUAGGGUUCAAGAAGAUAGGCCUGUACCGAAAGGCUGUAAGAACUAUGGGGGAGAUGAUGAUGAAUGAAGAAGGUGGGGUUGAGCCGACGCAGUACACGCUCACGAACGUUCUUGCUUCGGUUGCUGCGACCGGGUGUGUGGAGACAGGUAGAAAGGUUCACACUUUCGUCCUCAAGCUUGGACUUUCGAGUAACGUCUCGGUUUCGAACUCGCUGCUUAGCAUGUACGCGAAAUGCGGUGAUCCCGUGACGGCUAGAGUUGUUUUCGAUAGAAUGGCGGUUAGAGAUGUAUCAAGCUUGAACGCUGUGAUUGCGUUGCACAUGCAGGUUGGUGAGAUUGAUCUCGCUGCGGCGCAGUUUGAGCGAAUGGCUGAGAGAGAUAUCGUCACUUGGAACUCUAUGAUCGCUGGUUACAAUCAGCGCGGGUACGACCUCAGAGCUUUAGAAACGUUUUCAAAGAUGCUUAGAGAGUCCUCCUCUCUGUUGUCGCCGGAUAGGUUCACUCUCUCUAGUGUGUUAUCCGCUUGUGCAAAUCUUGAGAAGCUUAGUGUUGGGAAGCAGAUUCAUUCUCAUAUCGUUGCAACAGGGUUUGAUGUUUCAGGCAUCGUGUUGAACGCUGUGAUCUCUAUGUACUCGAGGUGUGGUGGGGUCGAGACCGCGAGAAGGCUCGUUGAACAGAGAGGCCACGCUGAUCUCAAGAUCGAAGGCCUUACAGCUUUGCUCGAUGGGUACAUUAAGCUUGGAGAUAUGAACCAAGCUAAGGUUAUAUUCGACUCGUUGAAAAGUCGUGACGUAGUUGCGUGGACCGCUAUGCUCGUUGGAUACGAGCAGCACGGUUUGUACGGCGAAGCGAUAAGCCUUUUCAGAUCAAUGGUUGGAGAAGAAGGAGGGCAGAGACCAAACGGUUACACGCUCGCGGCGAUGCUAAGCGUAGCGUCGAGCUUAGCAUCUUUGAGUCACGGCGAGCAGAUCCACGGGAGUGCUGUGAAGUCAGGGGAAGUGUACUCGGUAUCCGUCAGCAACGCGUUGAUAACGAUGUAUUCAAAGGCGGGAAGCAUUGCAUCCGCGAGGCGGGCGUUUGAGUUGAUACGCUGUAAAAAGGAUACAGUGUCGUGGACGUCGAUGAUAAUCGCGCUGGGACAGCACGGCCACGCGGAGGAAGCUCUCGAGCUCUUUGAGACUAUGCUGGCUGAAAGACUAAGACCUGAUCACAUAACGUAUGUUGGUGUCUUCUCCGCUUGCACUCACGCGGGUUUGGUGGACGAAGGGCGUCGGUACUUUGACAUUAUGAAGAGCGUGGAUAAGAUUGAGCCUACGCUUAGUCACUACGCUUGUAUGGUGGACCUGUUUGGACGCGCUGGUUUGCUGCAGGAAGCGCAUGAGUUCAUCGAGAAGAUGCCGGUUGAGGCGGAUGUGGUGACGUGGGGGUCACUGCUCUCUUCUUGCAGGGUUCACAAGAGUGUUGAUCUUGGGAAAGUUGCAGCAGAGAGGCUGCUUCGAAUCGAGCCAGAGAACAGCGGAGCGUACUCAGCCUUGGCUAACUUAUACUCAGCUUGCGGGAAAUGGGACGAAUCCGCGAAGAUAAGGAAGUCGAUGAAAGAUGGGAGAGUGAAGAAGGAGCAAGGGUUUAGCUGGAUCGAAGUGAAGCAUAAAGUCCACGUCUUUGGAGUUGAAGACGGGGUUCAUCCGCAGAAGAAGGAGAUCUACAUGACCAUGAAGAAGAUAUGGGACGAGAUCAAGAAAAUGGGUUAUGUUCCCGACACUGCUUCAGUGCUACAUGAUCUCGAAGAAGAGGUUAAGGAGCAGAUUCUGAGGCACCAUAGUGAGAAGCUAGCGAUAGCUUUUGGGCUGAUUAGCACUCCGGAUAAAACCACGUUAAGGAUCAUGAAGAAUCUGAGAGUGUGUAAUGAUUGUCAUACGGCUAUAAAGUUUAUCUCCAAGCUUGUGGGAAGGGAGAUAAUAGUGAGAGACGCCACAAGGUUUCACCAUUUUAAAAAUGGGUUGUGUUCUUGCCGGGACUACUGGUGAUGAUUUAACUAAAGAGCCAUUGUACAAUAUACUUAACAAACGUAGAGAUUUGAGGUUCGGGCAUGUCAACUUGAAGAUGAAUCACAUAAGAGUUCCUGCCCGUUGUGCCCGGAGGAUGCUUAGUAACAACUACGGGCAGGUUCGCACACUCUCUCUCUUCUCUCUAUAUCUGAGUUUCCGAAAACUCUUCAUUGAUCACACAAAAUCUCAAAACACUCUU